AUGAUUGAUAAGAUGGUGCAAACAAAUACAACAAUAUUACAUACAAAUGCAAGGAUAUCACAUGUUCGACUAUCCAUGUUUGAGCUAGGUCUGGACCUGACUGAUGAAUUUCGUUUUAUUAUUCAACAUUUACCUUGCUGUAAAUGUAAUGAGACGGUUGAAGAAUACAUUCGCGAAUAUAUAUUUAAAUAUUACGGUUACACCUACGUCACCGACCUUUUACUUGGUGGUAUAGCUCAGCAAAAUGUUUAUAUCACACAGGAAGACCGAGCGGUGUUAGAACAGAAUGGAUACACAAUAACCAAUGAGGCGCAGUUAAGUGCUGAAGUUAGGGAAAUAUUUUCUGCUUCAUUCAAGAUGAAAUAUACGAACGGAUAUAAUAAGACAAGCCAUGAAACAUUUACAAAAUACGUCAAAACGUCAAGUGGUACUACUUUGGGUGGAGACACGACAAUAAAGUCUAUUGAAGACUGGUCGAAAACUGUUCCCUCCAAUCCAGUUGCCAUCAAAUUUGGAAUCAAAUAUCUUUUCAAUUUGCUCACUAAAGAGAGAUUUCCGAACGAUAAUGCAGUUGACAAAAAACUGAAACUCAUUGAAAUAGCACUGAGUAAGUAUUUGCAAGAUCCGUUAUUUUGUUAUAAUAAUUGCACGAGUCCAACAAAUGGUAUUUGUAAAUCAAGCGGAUAUUUUCGUUUUGGUUUAUGUCAGUGUAACAAAGGUUUUAGUGGUAUUGAUUGUUCAGUACCUGUCACACAGCCACCGAAACCCGAUAUUUUAAGCGGCACAAUUUGUGGUUUUAGAUUUGGUGGCGGAACAGACUGUGACGGAGUCGAUCCAAGAAGUGGUUGUCCAUCUGGUUAUACUGGUAGUAUGUGGUUAAUUGGGAAGACUGGAAGUGGUGUUUGGAACUUCUCCUCAAAGUCUGACACUGAUAAAGAAAUAGCUAAAAAUGGUACAAUUUGCGGGAUAUUUGGGACACCCUGUGGUGGUAAAAAUCCAUUGUCAGACGGAUGCCCAACAGGUUAUGCUCGUUAUGAAUGGUUAACGGAAUGGGGAAAUGGAAGAACCGCAUUUUGUUAUAAAACUGAUCCAAAUGUUAUUGAUGCAUCGGGUACAAUGUGUGGUCUGGAAAUUAACGGUGGUAAUGGAGCUGCCUGUAAUGGAUAUCAUCCAACACACGGCGGUUGUCCUCCAGGCUUCCAUCUAGUGCAAUGGUUAGUGGAUUUCGGCGACUCCCACAUAGCAUUUUGUGUGAAAGACUGA